AGGAGAGGCGGGACAAGGGGAGGUCCCGGGCGACACCCCCACAGCUAUAAGCUGCCCUCCAGCAGACGCCGGGGGCUGGUCUGUCGAGUGCGAGGGAUUGAGAAAGGGCUUCGGUCCCGUGCCGUUUCCCCUCCCCCCCGCCCCCCCCUGCCCCCCCUCCUCCUACAGGCGCCACCCACCCACCCACCCCAACCGACCCACCCACCCGCCUCCCGGGAGCCGGAGGAGACCAGAGCGGAUCGUUCGGGAAUACCGGGCAGCUGAGAGAUCACCCACCAGCGACCGCUGGGCGAAGACCCAGUCCCCAACCCCAUUCUCACCCGCUCCCCCCCCCCCCACCCACCCCUCACAGCGGGAUCUCGCUCCAAUCUACCCCCGCCCCCCCCCCCACCCCUACCCGCCCGGGCGGGUUCCCGUCCUCCCCAUCGUCGUGUCGUGUCGCCUGGAGCGAUUAGCCUGAGAGCAUGGAGAACGGUCACACCAAGACCACUGAGGAGUGCUUGGCCUACUUUGGUGUCAGCGAGCUGACCGGACUGUCGCCGGAGCAGGUCAAGAAGAACUUCGACAAGUAUGGACCCAAUGAGCUACCAGCUGAAGAAGGGAAAACACUUUGGCAACUGGUAGUCGAGCAGUUUGAAGACUUGUUGGUACGAAUUCUGUUGCUGGCAGCAUGCAUCUCCUUCGUCCUGGCCUGGUUUGAGGAGGGAGAGGAGACAGUCACCGCCUUCGUGGAGCCCUUUGUCAUCCUGCUGAUCCUCAUCGCAAACGCAGUGGUCGGCGUGUGGCAGGAGAGGAAUGCUGAAGAUGCCAUCGAGGCCCUGAAGGAGUACGAGCCUGAGAUGGGGAAGGUGUACCGGACGGACAAGAAGCUGGUGCAGAGGAUAAAGGCUCGGGAGAUCGUUCCCGGGGACAUUGUGGAGGUGGCAGUUGGUGACAAGGUGCCAGCUGACAUCAGGAUCAUCAAGAUCAUCUCCACCACCCUGCGGGUCGAUCAGUCCAUCCUGACAGGCGAGUCGGUAUCGGUCAUCAAGCACACCGACCCCGUGCCAGACCCUCGAGCUGUGAACCAGGACAAGAAGAACAUGCUGUUCUCCGUGAGUCACCGCGGCGACGCCCGCUCUGCGCCGUGA